GCAAUCUUGAGUCGACCGACCCAGAUGAGAGGAACCAUCGGCAGGACCCUGUACGAUCAAUACCUUGCAUCUCUUACCAAACGAACCUCUUUUCUCCUCCAAUCCUCCCCCUUCUCCGCUUCCUCAAGAUCUGGCGACGGCCGUGGCCUUGCUGGGGGAAACUCUCCUUUUGAUGGAUUCACUCCAGCCACCGCAAAAUCCGAAUCAGAGGAGAAAAGGUCCGACUCAAAUGAAUCGGCUUUCGUCGGAUUAGGUCACGGCCGUGGAAGAGGAACUCCCUUAUCCUCCGAAUCCAAACUCCCCCCUUUCUCUUCUCAUUUUUCCCAAUACGCGUCCGGUCGAGGCCGAGGUACCAAUGAGCCAGUGCCGCCUCCAAGGCAACCGAAAGUGCCGAUAUUUGUAAAGAAAUAGGAUGAAAUCGAAGUUGAUUCCCCGGCGAAGCCGGC